AUGGUCGAUGCAGAACAUGAGUAUUCGUCAGUCCUUCGCGACACGUCACAGCUGCUGGAGAACUUCAGGCAGUUGAAAUACUUAAUCUACGACGACUUCGGCACGAACAGUGGCGUGGCUCGGGCCAUCAGAGAGUUUGUUCAAGCUGGCGACUUGCGAGUCCUGGGUGGCGUCGGCAAUCGACCGCCAUGGAGCUUCAACAAUGAGGUGAUCCAGAGCUGGGAGGGUGUGGUGUGUGAAGUCACCCGACUGCACAACAGGACCGCAAGCAGAGCUUUCGAGAAUGUCUUCGGUAAGUGGUACGCCUGGUUCCAUUCCAACUUGUGGGAGAGUGAAGACGUCAUCACCUUGCAGAAGGACGGUAGCGCUGUCACGUCCAGAGGUAUGGGCAAGUGGCACCUCGAUCGGUCGCAGGAGCGUGCCAUGACACUGGAGUGGCCCUCCCACAAGACGAUUGCCAUGGGUGGUCGAAACGCGGCCCCUCCUGUGCAGGAGCUGUGGUAUCUUCGCUUUGACGAAGACUGGGAAAAGUUCGCUGCCAUGAAAGUCGAUGGAGCAGUGGCAACGGGCGUGGACCAAGAGGUCAUGCACGCGAUUGUCCGGCGACUGUUUGUCUCCGCAAGCCAUGAGUUCUGCUCGUCGGCCAAAGAGUGUGGACAGCGUCUGCAAGCUUGA